AUGAGCUCCGAGGACCUUGCUUCUAUCCAGGCUGUGGCCGACGCCCCCGUUGUCCAGGACAUCGCCUCCGAUUCGGAGGAGGCCAUUGUCGAGACUGUUUCCGAGACCACCGAGGUCGCCGAGGAGGUUGCCGAGGAGGCCGCCGAGGAGGAGGUUGCCGAGGAGGCCGCCGAGGAGGUUGCCGAGGAGACCGCCGAGGAGGUUGCCGAGGAGACCGCCGAGGAGGUUGCCGAGGAGACCACCGAGGAGACCACCGAGGAGACCACCGAGGAGACCACCGAGGAGGCCACCGAGGAGAUCACCGAGGAGACCACCGAGGAGGCCGCUGAGGAGGUCGCUGAGGAGGCCGCUGAGGAGGUCGCUGAGACUACCGAGGAGACUACCGAGGAGACUACCGAGGAGACUGCCGAGGAGACUACUCAGGAGACCACUGAGGAAGCCGCCGAGGUCGCCGAGGAGGUCGCCGAGGAGGUCGCCGAGGAGGCCACCGAGGAGGUCGCCGAGACCGCUGAGACCACCGAAGAGGUCGUCGAGGAGACCAUUAUGGUCAUCGAGGAGACCGUUGUGGUCGUUGAGGAGACCGUUGUUGUCGUCGAGGAGACCUCCGAGGAGGUGGCCGACGUCGCCGAGGAGGUCGUCGAGGUUGUUGCCGACGCCGUUGACACCACCGAGGAGGUUGUCGAGCUCGAUGCCCCUACCAUUAGUGCGACCAUUGUGGACACCGUCGUCGAGACGGAGGCCGUCGUCGAGAUCGCCACUGUCGAGGACGAGGAGGAGGAGAUCAUCAUCUCCUCGACCGGCGCGCCGGAGGACGACGCCGACAUGAAUGUCGAUGACGCCAUGGCCAAGGCCAUGGUGGAUGCCAUCAUCCGCGCCGCCGUCAUGGCCAAGGCCGAGGGCGCCCCGGCCGGCUCUUCCGUGGUCCUUGAUGAGGAUGACGCUGGCAACACCAUCGUUGUGACCAUGCCCGCUGGUGCCGGUGCCGGUGCCGGUGCCGGUGCCGCUGCCCCGACUGCGCAGUUCACCGUCGUCGAGGCGGAGGAUGCCGAGGACGAGUCCGAGGAGGAGGUCCAGGAGAUUGUCCGCCCGGCCUAUGGCCGCGCGCCGAUCAAGUCCCUCCUGCGCGCGCAUGAUGACUCCGAGACCGAGGAGUCCGACGACGAUGAUGAUGAUGACGAUGAGGACUUCGGCUCUGAUGAUGAUGAUGAUCUGGAUGAGAGCGACGAGCAUCUUGCCCUGGAGUUCGCCGAGAUCGAUCUUGAUCGUGACAUCGCCCGCGAGACCUUUGUCGAUCGUGUGGUCGCCCUGCGGGACAUCGUGCCGCUGAACGUUCGCCGCCAGAUCGGCGACGUCAUCAGCCCGGUCACCGGGGCCGUGUCGUCGAUCACCUCUUGGGCUGGCUCGGCCGCCUGGUUCGCCGGCACCUUCGCCGCCGUGGUCUUCAUCCCCUUCGUUCUGUCGAUGGACCGCGAGAACCAGCUGAACAUGGCCCGCGAGCAGGAGGAGCGCAUGCAGAUGGAGCAGCGUUCCCUCAUCAACACCAGCGUCAACCCCUCGGUGGCCACCAACGUCUUCGGCUCCCCGACCCUGCCCGUCUCCAAGUAGACGGUUGUUGGUUGAUGUGUAGGAAUGAUGAAGCCCCCUCGUCUCUCGCCUUUCCUCUCCGAUGCUCUCAUCACCUUGACCUAUGUUCCCCCUCCCUCCCCUCCCCCUCGUCUCUUUUCGUGCGCGUGUGUCGGGGCCGGCACUUUGUCCUUGUUUUCUUGCCCCCCCUCCGCGCCCGGGGUCGGGAACGAAGGAAGAGGGAAAUAUGGAUAAAGGGCACGUGCGAGAGGGAGGCAGGGCCCAAGAGAAAGAGAGCAGGGGAAGGGAGCUCAGGCAAGCGCUCUGGUGCGAGGGGAAUGCGUGCGCGCCCCCCUCCCCCUCCCAGCCCCUGUGUCCCUCUCUCUUUCCCUCCCCCUCCCCACGCUAUCUCUCCCCUGCACAUGUGGUGGUGCCUUUCUGCCCGUCCUCUCUCCCCCUUCCCCUCCCUCCUCCCUCCUAUGCCGCAGUGUCAGAGAUAGGCAACCCCCGUUUUAGAUCUCACCCUCCCCCCUUCCCCUUCCUGAUAAUACAAAAACACUUUCCACA